ACAACAAAAUGGCAGCCGCCGCGGCAGCGCAGUUGCUCGAUGAGUUGAUGGGAAAAAGCCGCAAUUUAGGCGCUUCCGAUAAAAGAAAUGAAACGAACUGGGACGAUCCCCAGGUUUGUAAAUACUUCCUUUGUGGUUUUUGUCCACAUGAGCUAUUUGUGAACACCAGAGCAGACCUUGGAAACUGCAACAAACAGCAUGAUGACGCCCUAAAACAAUCGUAUGAGGCUGACCCAAAGUUUGGUCGUGUUGGCUAUGAAGAUGAAUUCUUCCGAUUUCUACAAGGCCUGGUAUAUGAUGUGGAUCGUCGAAUCAAAAGAGGCCAUCAGAGAUUAGCACUCAACUCAAUGCAGGGGAACACCUUUGCUCCACAUCAUGUCAAUAAAGAAGAGAAAGUUCAGGUUUUAUCAGAAAGGAUCAAUGAACUUGUCGGUCAGGCUGAAGAACUUGGUUGUGAAGGAAAAGUGGAGGAAGCCCAAGGCUUGAUGAAUCUGUGUGAACAACUCAAAGAUGAAAGGAAUCAUUUAGAAACUCAAAUGAAUGUUUCAAUGCCUCAACUGAAAGAAAUGGAGGUGUGUGAAGUGUGUGGUGCUUUCCUUAUUGUUGGCGAUGCCAAACAACGGGCUGAGGAACAUCUGAUGGGAAAACAACACAUGGGCUAUGCAAAAGUCAGAUCAACUGUUGAAGAAUUUAAGGAUAAGAAGAAAAACAAAGAAUUGGAACGGGAAGAACAAUGGAGACUUGAACGAGAAGAGAGGGAAAAAGAACGAGAAAAAGAAAGAGAGGAGAGGAGAAAAAGACGGGAGGACCGAGAGAAGGAAAGAGAAAAAGAAAGGGAGGAGAGGAGAAAGAAGAGGAGUCGCAGCCGGCAUCGCUCCAGGAGCCGUGAUCGAAAGAGAAGUCGAGAUCAUGAUCGACACCGCAGAUCAAGAAGCCGUGACAAGAAGCGAUCAAGGAGUCGUGAUCGAAAAAAAUCCACAAGUAGAGACAGAAAGAGGUCUAGAAGUCGUGAGAGAAAGUACUCCAGUGGUCAUGACAGAAAGCGGUCUAGAAGUCGUGAUCGAAAACGGUCUAGGAGUCGUGAUAGGAAACGAUCAAGGAGCAGAGACAGACGAGGAUCAAAGAGUAGGGAGCGCAGGCACAGGUCAAGAAGUCGAGAUCGCAAGAGCCGCGAUAAACGAUCAAGGAGUGGUAGCAGACAUGGGGAGAAGAAGCGUUCUACUAGCCUUGAAAGAGAUAGGAAGUCUGAUUCAGAUGGUCGAGGUUCCAGGGAGAGGUCGAAGGAUCGUCACAGGUCAAGAGACCAUGAUGGAGAGAGGAGAAGGGACAGGUCACGUGAAAGGGGACAUGAUUAUUGGUUGAAAGAUGGGGAUGAGAAGAGAGACAGAUCCAAAGAGAGGAAUGACAGCGAUGAUUGCAAUGAUGACAGCGACAGUCACGGUGGAGGUGAAAAAGACCACCACAGAGAUUCCAAGAUGGAGGAAAGAAGUCCAGAGGUAAAAGCUCACUCAGAGCACGGAAACAUUGAAGGUGACUUGAAUCAUAACUGAGGUCACCUCAGAGGUAAGUGAAGAGAUAAGUUUUAAUGCUUAUUGGCAAGGGGGCUCAAAAGUUUAUUGAAAUUUUAUGCUGACUUCAAUUCUAUAUUGGACCAAUGAGCUGUAUUAAUAUCGAAGUCAAAGAAUUGGUGCUACUUUUUAUAACUUGACGUUUUCUAACACUAGCAUUUAUAUUUUUAAUCGGUAGUCUGUGAUACCUAUAUUUUACAUAGUUGGUGCUCUACAUGAUGUCAAGAUGUUUUAGGUAAUGAUCCCUUCUCGAUAUCUUUAUGUGCCUUAUAUUAGCAAUAUAGGAUAAACUGAGUGGAAAAUCAGUGGUAUCGCUUCUUGCCUUUCCUUUUGAGCCCUUGAUGCCUGCACCAUUCUAAUCAAAUUCAUUUUCAGAUAUACCAGGUAAGUGGAAAAUGAAAUGCAUGAAAAGCAACAUCUGAAAAAUGUCUUGUUCUGACGAAUUGGUGUAUUGUGUGCAACCUUAUCAACAACAGGACAAAACUACAUCUUGGCUGGAUACCGAGAGAAGAGAUUGUCACUGAGUGAAGUAGAAUGACUUGGUCAACAGACAGAGUGAUUGAGUGAAUCUUUAUUCAGCUGGGAGUGGUAUAAAUUUGAAAAGUCUACCAGAUUUAGGAUUGUGGGAUUGGCUUGUAAUCUUUUGCUUGAAAUAACAUUUGAUGCCCAUGGACAAUUUCCUUUCGGUUGGUUAUGACUAUCAAAAGAUCAACAUCGGCUACUAAUUGAUAUGGUUGGUAAUAUCAACAAGUGGAGUUUCAGUUAUCUGCCAUGUUUGUCAAAAUUGUUGAAAAAUCGCUGAAAAUCUGUGCUGGGCCAUUCCACAUACCAACUAAAACUUUACAAUAAAACAAUAAUUUCUUUUCUGGGUGGGUGUAGUUCGAAUUUCUGUUGUGAUUUCAAUCUGUGCUUGCAUAAUGUUCAUGUUUUUUUACCAAUAAAUCAUCCCUUUUUAAUAAUAAACCUGUAUAUUCGCACCAGACCAGUGUUAGAUUCCGAAACAUAAUGUUUGAAUCGUCGGAGAGGACAAGUGACAAGUCCCACCAUACAUGCCAUACUACCGUCCAUUCUGACAUGCUCAGCCUGGGUGUGUCACUCCGCACCCAAAACCCAGGCCAUUACCAGGUAUUUCUAGUCAUUGUAAGGUCGUUCGUCUUCAGGAAGGAAAGAUGCUGACGGAUAUUUAGAGGUAUUUCUCAUGUUUAUUGGAUGUGGGGUGUAAACAUUCUCUUGGCCCGGUUCUUACUGGUGUGUUAGUUAGCCCCGACGAACCUCUGGGUGUGGCCAUCUUGAUUGUGAUGAUGGGUAUGGAUGAGCUGCUAUUCACGCAUACAUGAGGUAUUCUCACUCAGCAGGGCUUUUCCAUCCGUGUCUUGAAGUACAGAUGUUGGUGACACAAAAUCAAAAACUUUCACUGAAAAAUAAUGGAAUCUUAAAAUAGCAGGUGGGUCGAAUCUUGACCUUACGACUUAAAAUGCACAUUGGACUGAGUCAGAGUUACAUUGUGUCCUAUUUUGUCACGGAAGAGAAAAAAAAAGCCACACUUCAAGCGCCGAGGGGAUGGAAAAACCCUGCCCAGUUGUUGCAGUCUGGAAUUUCCCAGUUGCAGUUGCAUUCAUAUUAAGCCGAACCACUUUGUUAUCCAUCAAAUGCAAAUCAGACAUUCUCCAGUCCAAAGCAAUAUGUACUUUUAGGUUAGAAAAUAUCAAUUAAAAAGUAUGGUACAUGACAUGUAGCCUGAAACGAGUGUAAGCCCUAUGAAUCUAUUGAAGGGAGGGCUUUAUAGCAGAUACAGUUUAGAAGGUGUGUUUCCAAAUACAUUAUACAUUCAUGCUCCACUUUCAAUCUACAGUGUGUUUGUUUGAAGUCUCUGCAUCACUCCUCCUCAAUUCCUUUUGAAAAAAAGACACUCUACAGGUCUUUAUGUUCUGGAAAAUAGUAAAACUUGUACGAUUUUUAUGAAGUCACAAUUUUCAGAAAUAGGUUGAUGUUGUCAGGUGAUGAUGCACUUUGAUCAUAAGUUGUUGUAACAUAGGUGGGCCAUCAGUACAUUAAUGAAUAAGUGUAUGUAAUUUCUGAUUAAGAGCUUUAACAGCCGUCUCCUCACACUAUCAAAUACCAGCUCAUACUUAGGAAGAAAGACCCACAUCAUUUAUCAGAGGUUAGUGAUAAACCCUGCACAAGGUAGUGGCAUUUUGAGACAAUGUGAUUUCUGGAGAAUUCUUCCCCGUAUGAUAAAAAUAUUGUGACUUCAAAUAUUAGCAGCAGUAGUUGGAAAGCCAAGCUAGAAGUUUAAAAAAGUAAGGGUCCAUGGAUAGUUUGGGUUGGCCUUUGACAGCGUAUAAAGAAUUUGCAUGAUUGAAAGUUUACCAACCAUAGUGAGUUUCCUCCACUUUCUCAUUUACUCAAAUGCCAUCUCCUCAGCCCCUAGGGGGUUCAGGUGUUCUGCUUCAGUGACUGGUCCAUCGGAAUGAAGAGAAGAAGACACAAGGUGCAUAAUUUAACAUAGUUUUUCUUUUGUAGUCUUCUGUGUUGAUCAUGCUCAAAACAUUCCUGCAUAAUGUAUUAUGAAUGCUGGUUCCCCAGAAACUACCUUGGCUGCAGAAUGAAUGUGCUUUAAUUUAAAUUUUUGAAUUGAUGUGAAUAUGUGAAAAUCAGUUGUGAUACUGUCAAUCUGCAAAAGUUAAUGAGUCCACUCUUGUCCAUGUAACUCACAGGGCAGAGCAAAAUUAACAGUUUUAUACCCCGAAAUUAUGUUGGGUUGUGCUUUAGCCAUAACUUGCGCCGUAUUUGACCUUUGAGCCAGGGUAGUUUUUAUGCCAGCCCGAUGGAUGAUGUGACCAGAAAGAAGACCACAGGUAACCAUUAGAUUUCAGUAACCAUCUAAGACUAUGAUUCGUGUUUUGCUAACACCUGCGUAUUUCUGUUUGUUUUUGGCAGCUUUCUCAAGGAUUUUAUGCCGGACAGCCAGAAGAACAACUCUUGAUUGGUUUUGACUCCACAGUGAUGUUCAUGUGCGAGGAUUACUCAAUGUUGGAUUGAAGAUGUGAAGAUAGGGUAUGGUGAUGAGGUGAUUUGUACAUUUUAGAUGAUACUCCUUGUAGUGGUAGUAAAAUUUUCACUUUUUGAUCUUCUUUCAGAAUUAGAAAACACUUCUAAAUUUAUGAUGCCAUUUUGGAGUGUAUCUAUCGAAAUAUAAUAUCAAAAAUGAACCAUGCAAUUUAAUCAAUAAUAAAAAUGUUCGAGUUAUUUCAUUACAAGAAGUGAUUUUCGAAAUUUUCUCCAAUUGUCACCUAUUUCAUCACAAGCAAGUUUUUAAAAAAAUAUUUUUUGCAGUUGUCACCACUUGUGAUAAAAUAACUUCUCACACUUUAAUCAAUUUUGUGAAUAUCUUUGAUUCAAUAAUGAAGACCUUUCUGGAGACAUUCCACAGUUAUAGUUUCAGAAACCGUUUUCCCUCAGUUUCAAAACUUUCUCCUUUUUAAGUUAUAGUUAGGUGUGUCUCAGUUUUGUCAGACCGUUUGAUUCGAUAUAUUUCAAGCAAUGAUAAAACUAAAGAAUAUAACAUUGCCUGUUCAAUGUUGCAAUCUUGAGAAUGUGGAAUAAUGAUCGCAGUAUUGUCUUGACAAUUUAGUCAUUAACACCUUCAGCGCCGAACCACGCAGGUCGGCGUAGCCCAAAUCCCCCUCCCCUUUGAGCUGGUAAUCGGAGAUCUUAUGGACUUCAUGAAAGAACUACGCCAUCGCCAUCUUCAGGGUAAGGUAGGAACCGAAAAGACAACCAUCGCCAUCUUCAGGGCACGGUCGGAACUGAAAGACCGUUGGUCUUUUCAUUUCCUAUCUUGCCCUGAAGAUGGCGAUGACGGACGUUGGUCUUUUCAUUUCCUAUCUUGCCCUGAAGAUGGCGAUGACGUAGUUCUUUCAUGAAGUCCAUGAGACACCGAUAACCAGCUCAAAGAGGGGGGAUUUGGGCCACGUAAAUCUACGUGGUUCGGCGGUGAAGGUGUUAAUGAAUGUUAGGUAUUCAUGGCUGUUUGCCUGAUCAUUUUAAGCAUGCAUCAUGAUCCUGUGCAUGAAAUGUGUACAUGUACAUGUACAUGUAUAUACCAUUGCUGCAAUUAAUGUUGUGCUCUUGUAUUAUACAAUGUAGGCCAGCUUGAAAAAUCUUGUUGGUAUGUUGCAACACAUGUAUUAUUGGCAUCACCCACAACUACCUUUACUUGUAAAUGUUGGUGUGAAUUAUACUCUCCUUUCGUGAAUCCUUGCAACAUGUAACUCAUAUGUCUGUACUUGACUUGUUUUUAAUCAGAAGCUUGACUGCUAUUCUAGGAUGGUUCAUAAAGCUGGCAAUCUUGUAUGAAGUUGUUGCAGACAAUGACUUGUGCGUGAUAUCAAUAUCAUCAUGAAAUGCUUAUAAGCAAUUGGCCGCUAUGCUUAGUUGAUUGUAGAAGAGUAAAAUAUUUGAGCGAUAUUUGUGUGACAGUCCAAACCAAAAAUUUUGAUUUAUGUUUGGAAGCGUGGAUAAGGGAUGUAUGUUUUUCUUUUACUUUUCAUGGGUCCUUUUUGCAGAAUUAAGGGGGUAAUUAUGUGGAAAAUGUUUGGGUGGGAGUAGGGGAUGGAAUGUGGAAGAAGUUGUAAGUGUGAAGUAUUUGUCGGCAUCGGCAUAUUGUAAACUUUAUAUGGCAGUUAAUUAAUUUGAAUGGUAAGCUUGCUUUGUAAAGUGAUGCUGGUUUUUGCUCAUGUUUUUCCUUCAUAGAUCUAGACUGAAUGCCUGUUCAAAGACCUGUCUGGUCUAAAGACUCAAGUCGAAUUGAGUCGUAAUAACUAACAAGAAUGUAGCAAUAUUUGUGCAAAGAUUUUCUGUCACUACCAUGAGAUAAUAAACACUUCUGCUUUUGUA